GGAACAGAUAGCUAUAACUUAGAGGCCCGGUAAGCUAUAAAUUGAGUCUUUUCUACUAGAGAGGCAAAGAAGGAACAGAGCUAGGGCUUUUCGCGUUGGGGAUUACAGCAACUUGCAACAUCUUUGACAAAAGCUCCAAGACAAAAUGGGUACUCCAAAGAUUUCAAACGACAUUGACUUGCUUCACCCUCCUGCUGAGCUUGAGAAGCAAAAGCACAAGCUUAAGCGAUUGGUCCCAUCACCUGAUUCUAGUUUUCUGGAUGUUAAAUGUCCAGGCUGCUUCCAAAUAACAACAAUUUUCAGCCACUCACAAACCGUGGUUACAUGCGCCAACUGCCAGCAAGUGCUCUGCCAGCCAACUGGCGGGCGCGCAAAAUUUACUGAGGGAUGCUCUUUUAGGGUUAAAGAGAAGGCUAUGAUGGUCGUGGGGUGAUAUUUGCUAGAGGUUCUGGUUAAGCUAUGACAUAUUAUAAACUAGUAGGUUUUUGAAGAAUGAGUUUGUUGAGAGAACUUUUCCUUUGCUCAGUAGUACUUUUUUGUUUUGAGUUCUGACUGAUAUGAAUACUUUGGCUAUCAUAUUACUCUUACCACAUUUUGAAGUACUUAAUCUUCUUUCCUGAUCUUGAUUUUAACAUUUUUCAGAAGAUACUC